GCAUGCCUACUUUGGAAUAUUGAAGAUGACCUGUGAGGUUGUACAAUUCCCUCAUAAAAAAAAAAGCUGUUGAUUCAUGUUUUGUCUCGUUUAGAUGACACUUUUCUGCGUGUUUUUCCGACGGCGUGUAUCUACAAGUAACUCCCGCUCGAAAUGAAAUGUGCUGCAGCCACCUGAAUAUGAAGUAACGUUCUUAAAGAACUUUGAACAAGGUAAUUUGGAUCAUGAAAAAAGCCAGGGUGUCAUUUUCUAGCAGUUUGUAAACUUUUCUUUGUGGGACAGUCAAGAUUGUAUUUGAAACGUCCAACAUAUUUAAUAUAAAUGUUUUUGUUUUGAGGGGGUCUGGAGUUGAUUUAUCAUAUUUUGUAGGUUAUUUAUAACAAUGCUCUGAAUAUUUUAUUUAAACUACUUCAUGCAAACGUGCUUUUAUUCGCUAUUUGGAUGCAUAGCAUUAAUAAAUUGUCUUUGUUCAAAUACUGUUGUGAUGUUUCAGAUUGCCAGCUAGCUCCUAAUGCUAAUGUUAGCAUUAUGUUCCACUGUUGGGUCCUCGCGUGAGCGCUCCCGGUGCUGCAAAGUCUCUUUUGUGUGAUUAUGAGUGCGGCUGUUGAUCUCCAUGUGCCCUGCGAUCGUCUGGCAACCAGUUCAGGGUCAACCCCGCCUCCUGCCCGUUGACAGCCGAGAUAGGCUCCCGGACUCCCCGCGACCCUUCAUGCGUCACCUGUUUGCACAAAACAGCCAGAGGCAAAAGGACCCAGGAAUAGCUUCAGUUGCCGUCACGCUCGAAACGGGGAACGUCAUGGUGACUCCUCCCCCUUUUUUUUUUUUUUUGUUUACCGGACUAACCAAUCGACAACCACUUUUGAAUUCAUCCCACGUCCAGUGUGUGUGUUGACGCUGACGCUGCGCACACAAAGUUCUCGUUUCCAAGACGGCGUUUGACCUGAGGCUGCCGCAACCGCAACUGAGGAUGUUCAACACGACGGCGAACUUUAGCGACGCAUUUGGCCUCCCCCUGUGGUACCAGUACCAAAUGUGCGCCUCAGCCCCGUACGGCUUCGUCUUCUACUACGGCGUCAAGGUGUUCAACCUGGCGGUGGGCGCGCCCUGCAACGGCCUCGUUAUCUGGCAGAUCGCCGCAAAGAAGGGCGACGCGUGCACCUCGGACGCGUUCAUCCUCAACCUGGCCGUCCUGGACGCGUUCUUCUGCCUCAUGGUGCCCGCCGAGCUGCUCAACACCUUGCUGCUGGACGACGGGCGCAUCUGGUACCUGCAGAGGUUCUCGUAUGGCGUCAAGGACGCCGGGGUGCUCUUCUUGGUGUGCGUCUGUGUGGACCGCCACAUGGCCGUGGUCCACCCCGUGCUGUUCGCUCGGGUCCGGAGCAACAAAUUCCGCAUGGGCGUUUCGGCAGGCGUGUGGGCUGCGAUCGCGGCCUAUGCCCUGGCGAAGUGCGUCCUGGGCUCCAUGAGGGUCAACGGCGUGUUCAGCGGCGUGGUGCUCUUCGCCCUCGCCGUCAUGGUGCUGUGCAACGCCUCGGUCGUCUGGGUGCUGCGGCGCUCCGUGGGCGGCAAGGAGGCCAUGCACCCGGCCAAGAAGAAGGCGCUCAAAAUGGUGCUGGUGGCCCUGGCCAUCAUCGUGGUCAACUACCUGCCGCCCGUGCUCAUGCCCUUUGCGCCUUACUACACCCGGAUGGAGUUCCGCUGCCAGAUCAGGAUCAGCGUGUACUCCAUCAUGGACCUGAGCUGCAGCGUGGAGCCGCUGCUCUACGUCACCAAGACGGAGUGCGUGGGAGGUUGGUGCUGCCGUCGCUGCGUUGCUAGGACGCCACCUCCCGUCGAAGUAUGAUGCUUAUUCUUGCUUAUUAUCCUACAGCCUUUAUCCCCUUGUGGCUCUUUGCUGGGUUGUGCCUCUCCUUUGUUUGUAAUUAUUUCAGCUGUUAUUGGAUGUAAAAACAUUUCCCCCGGGGUUUUCUAAUUUCCAACUUGUAGCGCUUUAAAUUGGGUGGUGCAAGUAGGUUAAAAUAAGUCCCCGUAGCCCUGAGAUAUGUUUCAGCACGCCCAAAAAAAUGUAAUGACGAAAAAACCUUUGAACACGUACACCAUUGUAUAGAAUGUAAAGAAAUAUAAACAGUGCAGUGAAAUUCAUUGGGCAUUGUGCGGCUCCUUCUGGGGGUGGAGUAUAGAGCUUGUGCACCUACGUCUUAAAAUCACGUGACCUUUGUUUCCGUCGUCAUAUUGCCGGUCUAGCAAAGCAUUGUUCAAUGCUAAGUCGGUUGGCGACGACACGAAAAUGUCUUGUAGCACGACGCCCAGAGUCCUGUCCGAUACCAUGAGACAUUUAUAAGGUGAAAAUAAACGAAGGCACGUGGAAAAAUUUGAUAAAAUCGGCAUAGUUGACCCAUAUUUAAUGCCGAAGUUGAUGUUUUCGCCGAUAAGAAAUGGGACCGUUAACGCGCUUCUGCUUGUCUUGGACAACUGGAUAUAAACAUGGAUCUGGUGACUAAGUCGUUGACAUUUACACGGAAGAGUUUGAAAGCGUAGAAAUGUCUGGAUGCAUACAAAUACUUCAUUUCAUUCAUUAACUAUGAUUGGGGGGGGAUCGAGUCGGAACGUACACAGAAGGGAUUGCGGCCACACGACCUCUGUGAACCUGGUCAGUUUUUUUUUUUUUAAAUGCGCAAUGUUUUCAAAUGAGCCAACUUGGAAUUAUAAAUAAAUUUUUAAGAAUAUAGUGCUUAAUAUAAUAUGUGAAAGGUUGUUUUUCUAGACUUUUUUUUCCUUGCUAAAUUAUACAUUUUUAUGACUUUAUUCUGGUCAAAUUCAGAGUUGUUUAGGAUAAAGUUAGUAACUGUUUUCCACAAAAGGACUUUUGUCUGUUGGAGUAAAAUUUUACCCUUAUAAAAAACUAUUUUUAUUUUGACCUUAUUACAUUUUUUUUUUAAUAUUUCAGGUUUAUUUCCCUAAAAUUGCAGUUUGAUUUGGCGACACGGUGGUGCCAGCUAUAAAGCGUUGGCCUCACAGUUCUGAACACCAGGGUUCAAAUACCGGCCCGGCCUGUGUGGUUAGGGUUAGUUUGCAUGUUCUCCCCAUGCAUGUGUGGGUUUUCUCCGGGCAAUACGCAUUGUUCUCAAGUGAGCCAACUUGGCAUUAUAAAUACUUUUUGGUCAUUUGAGAUUGCGAAGAAUAAUUCCCAUCUGAAAUGAAGUGAUCGCUACGCAGGCGUGUGUGUAUUUUGGUUGCGCACCAUCCAUCAUGUUUAAUUGCCGAAAACCGUCGGUAUUUUCUGGUCUUUUCAGCCAGUAUUCCAUAGAAUGACCUCUUUGAAUAUCUGUCCCGUCUGUUGUGACAACCAACAGCACAACAGGUCUCGGGUAUCGUAAAUAUUCUCCGGUUCAACGUCCCCGACAAUGUCGAGCAGCUCUGUUAGACCUGCAAUAUGGCCGCCAUGAAAAUGGUGACGUCACCUGCACGAGCUCUAUAUAUAAUGUAUGCCAACAAAACAAGCACCAAGCAGUUGAAUUUUUUUUGUAGAAGAUAAAGAAUAUAUGCCUGUAUGCUGCGUUGGCAUGUUACUACCACUUAUAUUGUUGAAUACUGUAAAACUUCCAAUGCUGGUUUGAUGUUUUGCAUUAUGCGAACAUUAACACUGCAAACAUUUCUAUGAAAAUGUCUUAUGUACUGAUUGCUGUCGUCUUCUACCGCCAAUUAGCGCACGUAAUUAAAUAAAAUGUUUGCUCGCAACUCAAAACAAAUAUCUCGUGCAAGCGAUGGGCUUGGACUGUCAUGAUCCUGCCGCUCCAGCACGAGCUGUGCGGGUGCCUACGCGGGUGCGCUGAUUGCGGCGCACACCUGCGUCUCAUGCGGGCAGUUUAGUCUGUGUAUUUAUAUCACCCCGAUGACGAUUGGUCCUCGCCAGUUCGUUGACCUUCAUGUCCCGUUCGUGCGCUCCGGUAUCCCCGAUCGAACCUGUGUGUACCGACCUUGGUCCGUUCUCCGACCAACCUUGUAAGCCCGACUCCUUCGUUACUUCUGCCUGCUUUGAUUGUUCUCCUGUGUACCGACUCCUGCCUGCCCGCUCAUCUGCUCUCUUCGCCCGACGUCCCAACUACCGCUGCUGCACCGGACUGCCUGCUCGAUCCCCUACCUCUGCAUAUAAUGAACGUUUCUCCUUGAACUACCUUGCAUCUUCCGAGUCCUGCAUUUGGGUCCUACUCUCGUUCCGAUGGGACGUGACAUGGACAGUGCUGUGAAAAAUUAUGUGGCCCCUUGUAAAAAUUCUCAGAUGUUUUUGCAUAGUUCCCCAUCUUUAAUGUUUAAGAUAAAAAAAAAUACAAUUACCACAAGUCAAAAAACUUGGUAUCUGGUCCUGUGUGAAAAUGUAAUAGUCUCUUUAAUCUUUACAUUUUUUUUUUUUAAGAAUAACGAAAGUCUUUAGUUCAGUCUUAAUCCCAUGAGUUGUCUUGAGUGUUUAUUGGUGAAAUUCAUCUCAAAGCAAAAAAAUUAAUAAGGCAGAUAGCUUCCAUGAUGCACACGGAGCCAUGCGAGCGAGCGCCGACGCCUUAAAGCAGCGGUGUCAAACUCAUUUUUGCCGCGGGCCGCAUUGUACUUGUGGUUUGCCUCAGAGGGCCGUUGUGGCUGUGAAACCAUAAAAAAAAAAAAUCUUUAAUGAAAUUUAUGUACUAGUUUUGGAAUUAAAAAUCAAGGGUAAUUGACACAAAAAUGCUUGUAAUUUCUCAACGUUAUCAUUUAUGAGAUUUCAAAUUUUGGUACA